AUGCUAGAGAUCAAGACAUAGAUGCUCCAAGGACCCACAACAAGAACCAUGUACCAUUACUUUAUCUCUGAGAUGUUACCUGUUGCUAUGAUCACUGCCAUUGCCACGUUGGUGAGCAUGGCUACUGCAAGAUCAUCACUAAAUUAUUUGGAACGCCACUUUUCCAUGGAGAACGAGUCUGAAGAAGUGCGUUCUGCAGCUAUCAAGAGGCUGCUGGAGGUGUUUGGGAUGGAGGAUGCUCCUCUCCUCCGGGGCGACAAGCAGCCGCCUCAGUACAUGGUCGACCUGUACAACACUGUCGCAGAUGUGGACGGAGUUACCAAGGACCCCUACAUUCUGGAGGGGAAUACAGUACGCAGCUUCUUCGACAAACUGCACAGUGAACAAAUUCAGUUCCUGUUCAACUUGUCCAUGGUGGCCAGUAGUGAGAAGGUUCUAACCGCGGAACUCCAUCUCUUCAAGCUACGCCCUCAGGUUUCUGCAACAUUCAAUAGAUAUCACUUCUGUCAGGUCAGUGUCUACCAGCUUCUGGAUAGCAGCAAAAUGAACAUUACUCAGGGGAAGAAGCUGCUGUCUUCCAGACUGAUCCCUGUCCCCUCCACUGGCUGGGAAGUGUUCACCAUUACACAAGCUGUGCGUUCCUGGAUGGCUGUUGAGGGCAAUAACCUGGGUCUUCUGGUCACAGUACAGACCCUGGGAGGAAGCCAGAUGGAUGAGAAGGUGGUGCGUUUUUCUUCAGGCCGUAACCACCAUAAAAGCAAGCAGCCCAUGCUGGUGCUGUUCACUGACGAUGGCCGCCGUGCAGCCGCUCUGGAUAAUACAGUCAAAGAUCCCAAUGAGACCCCAGCUGUCCCUGGCCUGUCCAACCUCCCCAACACCCCAGGCUUCCACCGUAGCGCCCGCUCCCUGGACUAUGACGAGGACGUAGAGAAGAUGACGUGCCAGCGCCUGCCACUCUACGUGGACUUCGAGGAGAUCGGCUGGUCCGGGUGGAUCGUGUCGCCUCGGGGUUACAAUGCCUACCACUGUAAGGGCUCCUGCCCUUUCCCCCUGGGCCAGAACAUGAGACCCACUAACCACGCCACCGUCCAGUCUAUCAUCAACGCUCUGAAGCUGACUAAAGGCAUUGAAACGCCGUGCUGCGCGCCAGACAAGCUCUUCUCCAUCAACCUGCUGUAUUUUGAUGAUGACGAGAAUGUGGUGCUGAAGCAGUAUGAUGACAUGGUGGCAGGAAGCUGCGGCUGCCAUUGA